AUGGCCGAGAUCUUGAACAGCCAUCCUUAUGCUCCAAGCAGCUUGAGUAUACCGCAUUAUGUACCAAAUGAAAAAAGCACAGCCGAAUUACUCUUCAUCGCUGGUGGCAUUAUGACAAUAUUGGUUGGUCUGAGCUAUGCCAUUUCUCGAUCCUGGUUCUUCAACACGACUUCUACUACUAGAUUUACUUGGUUUGGCAUCUGUGGUCUUAUGCAUUGUGGUUUUGAGGGGUAUUGGUUGUGGAAUAGGGCCACACUAGCCAGCCAAAAUGACAUCUUUGCUCAAUUAUGGAAAGAAUAUGCCCAUGGAGAUUCUCGGUAUUUAGCAAAUGACGAAUUGUUACUGACAUUGGAGAUCAUGACAACUGUAACAUCCAUGAUUUUUGGUCUACUGAUUGAUGUAUGCUCAUAUCCUCUCUCUCCUUCUAGUUCAUCUGGGGUCCACUGUGCUUGGUAUCUGCAUACUUCAUUCUACGAAAUUCCCCCAAACAAUACAUUUUUCAGUUAA